AUGAGCGUUUCGAGCCAGGAGACGAUUUGUUCCUAUUCCAGCGGGGGGUCGCGGCUGGGCGCGGCGGGGGAAGCGGGGCAAGCAGGCCAAGCGGGCGAAGCGAAGGAAACACACGGGACGAGACAAGCGGAAAGAACGAGCGAAACGAGCGAAAGAAGCCAAACAAGCGGAACGAGCCAAACAAGCGAAACAACCCAAACGAGCGAAAGAACCCAAACUGACAUCACGCACAAAACGAACGUAAACAACCGCGUCGCCGCCGCUGUCCAGCCGAGGGAGCGGGGGCGCCCUACCACCCCUGCUCAUUCCUCAUACACACGGCAGACCGCGCUGGGCUGUGCGCUGGGAAGAAUUAGCUCCAACUACGUAAUACAUGCGAGCAACAACACAAGCGUUGCGGGCGAAUGGGGCAGCAGGAUGAGUGCCUCCACUUCGGUGAACCUGUGUAGAGUAACAAAAUUGAUGAGCCUCUGUGAAGACCUCCCCGCCAGCGCUGCGUACCUUGCAAAUGGUACAGACGGGGGGAAGAGAGUGGAGGAGAUGGCUCAGAAGAGUAUCACUCCUGUGAUGACUUCUCAGAUAGGGAGCCAUCAGGUAAGGGUUACCCACACGGAGCCAAGUUGCGAAACGGGCCCCGAGAACGAUGGGGACACCAACAUGGAUACAGGCGGCACGGACCAUAUGGACGAACGUAGCAACUCCAUUGAAGAGAACAGUCAAUUGGAACAAACAAAGGACCCAAGUGAUGACCAUCAUAGUACCAACAAACGAGUGUUCAUCCAGGGGAUCAGAAAAAAUUACCAGACGAAUGGAAAUACAUUUACCUACUUAAAGGAGGUUAUACAGAAAACCUACAAAGAGACUGUAGAGCUCGAUGGGUCUGAGUAUAUUUUCUUGUAUGACAUUUGUGUUCAGGAUGGAGAUGUAUAUAGCCAAUUGAACGAAAAAAGGGUGGAUUGCACUCAGAAUGGCUCUUGGGGCGGAUCUGCAGCAAUUGGUACAACAGAAUUAGAGGAAGAAAAUGACAUCCUCGCUCUCCACACGUAUAAUAAGUAUAGAAACCUUUUUCAUACCUUAUCGAAUCAGCUGAAUAGAAUUAGUAGACUGAUCUACCCUGUGGAGGGGGGGGACAUGUCGAGAGGUUGUCUAUCAACGGGGUCCUUAUCCAUUGUGGGGGCCACCUCAAACGGGGUUGCCCAUAAUUAUGCGGAUAAUCCUGCCGCGAAUCAUGCCCCUAACCAUGCCGCUAAUCACGCGGGGAGACGGACAGAUGGACGACAAUCACAUAUAGAGGAAUGUAGAAUGGUCGGAGGUUUUGACGACACGAGCCUGGAGUCAAUACAAAACCUCUUCGCAGAGGAAACACAGAGGAGGGGUAUCCCCAAGGGGAACCUGCUGGAGAGGCUGAACUGUAUAUUUUUCAGCUCCAUGGGGACAAUUGGAAAAGAGAGUGACCCUACGGCCGGUGAUAAUUCGGCCAAGGGGGCAGUGAACCGAGUUGACGGCUCCACUGCGAACCCGGUUGGAAGAUCCACUGCUAACCCAUACGGUGAUUCUACUUCUAACUCAGUCGGUGACUGCACUCCUAACAGCGCUUCCCCCCUGAAUGCGAGCUGCUCCCCGCGGAGGAGCCAGCUGACCCCAUUGGACAUGGCCAAAAUUACGCAGCACAUGAAAGCUAGCGCAAACAGAAGGGUCCACGAAAGUGACAUCUAUGACAUUGAGAUUCUGAAGAAGGGAUACUUCUACCUCUACAUCGGGAAUGAACACUGGGAUGACUAUUACUGUGUCUUUUUCCACUUAAAGAAUAACUUAUUCUUCAAAAAUGACCUUCUAUAUACGCACUACUGCAGAGUCUAUGACAGAGGGAUGUUAAGCAAUGUACUGAUCCCACCUGACUCUUACAGCAAUUUUUUUAUAGCCUUUUUUAAAGACGACCGUUUUGAGAUGGACAGAAUGUCUAACCUCGAGCUAGCCAUCAGAAUGAGAAGAAACUAUUACCCAUUCGUAAUUGAACUGUCACGAAGUAAGAAGACAGGCAUUCUAAUUCACACAGGUCAGGAUGCCCACCGGGUGAGGAGUUCUCUCAUCGUUUUUGAUAUUAACUCCGAUCCGUUUUAUCUGAUCCCGAUUGAGUGUUUCCCGGAGGAUAGGGUAGCCACGAUGAAUGUACGUGGUAGGGUUACCAAGGGAGAAGCUAACGAAUCAUCCCGUGGGGGCACUCCUCCCCCGCGUGCCAGGGUGAAACUCCACUAUGGCCUUCUCAAGGAGUGGAACGAGUUCCUGGGCUCCGUGAUGGAGAGAAGCAAACAUGGGAAGAGAAACCUUUGCCACACACAAAGGCAAAGCGAGAAGACCCACUACGUGAACAGAAAAUUUAGCCAGUGGAUCAGGGCCUUUAAGAAGGAGAGGAACAUCCAGGAGGGGCGGAUGCGUGUCAGCGCAGGGAAGGGGAGCGUUUUAGCGGGCGCGGCGGUAGCGCCGUUCCAGUAA